CUCCUUCAGGCCCUCACUUUUAUACUCCCGGAGGGGGUGUUCCGCAGGCUCCACAUGCAGGGGGUGUGACCUCUACGGGUACUGUUAUUUGUAAUUCUGCUUUGUCACAUUUAAAUAUUAAUGCUUUAUCUGCUUCGACUACUAACUCUAGUUCCGCAGGCUCAUCAUCAGACGGGGGUAUUCUUGGGUCCGUUCCCCAUCCUGUUAUGUGUCAAAUUUGUUUUUCUGCAGGUCAUUCAGCCAUCACUUGCCCUUCUCGGUUUUCUCAGCCAUCUGCGCCAGCUAUGUUGACAACUCCUGGGGAAACUAAUCCCGCCUUAUGGUAUCCGGAUUCCGGCGCUUCUGCUCAUAUGACAGCAUCUGAAGGACAAAGCAUCGGGGGCGGUGCUUCUACGAGCUACCAGUAGUGGACCACUCUAUCCUAUCCAGUUGCCAUCAUCUUCAUCCUUAGCUUUCGCUUCUAUAUUAGCAUCUGGCCCUG